AUGAUAUAUGAUACAGAUCCUUUGGGUUCGGUUGAGUCAGAUCCUGAAAAGGAUAAACAUAAAGAUAAACAUAAAUAUAAAGAUAAAGAUAAAGAUAGGAAUAGUAAUAGUUAUAAUAUAGAUAAACAAGGCAAUGAUGUUGAUGAUGACGACGAUUUGUUUGAGAGUAGUCAACCUAGUGCACUCAGUCAGCUGACUGCAACUGUAAACAACAAAUCAACAUCUCAGAAGAAGACGACAACGACGAACAGUAGUACAUCCACUAAAGCAGCAGUAGAUAGAGAUAUUGAAACAGAUAUUGAAAUGAAGUUAUCACAUCUCAACAACAAUAAUAAUAAUGAUUCUUUUACAAAUGAUAAUAAUAAUAAUAAUAGUAAUAGUAAUAUAGAACCAAAAGCAAAUAUAACAAAGAAACCAGAUUAUUUUAAUGCUGGUGGAUUCGUCAAUAGUAGUAGCAAUAAAACUUCAUACUUCAGUUAUGGUGGUGUUGGCAAUGAUACGGAUAGAGAUACAACCGUUGUACAGAAACCAAAUAAGAACUAUGCAGGUGGAGCGACUAUCACUUCAAAAUUUGGAAAUACCGCUACUAGUAUUAGUAAUAAUAAUAGUAAUAAUAAUAGUAGUAGUAAAAGUGGUAGUCUCUCUCAGUCAACUGUUAAAUACUAUGAUGUAUUGAAAACAAUGACAAACAACAAGGAAAAAGGAUAUCCUUAUAAUGACAAUAAAAAUAAUAAUAAUAAUAAUAGCAAUGAUAAUAGUAAUAGUAAUGAUAAACCAAAAGGUGUAAUAAGUAAACAAUCACCUAGACAACAACCAAAAGAUAUAGGCAAACAACAAGUACCUGAAACAAUAGAUUUAGAUGAUUUUAAAACACCAAUGACCAAAACAACAUCAACAACAACAACAACAACAAAUCGAAAUCAACAAAUUAAAUCAAUAACUUCGACAUCGACAACAUCGGCAGCAACAGCUAAAUCAAAUAACAACAACAAUAGAAGUAAUAGCAAUAGUAGUAAUAGUAAUAGUAAUAGUAAUAGUGAUAAGAUGGAAGUAAAUUAUAUGAAUAUUGACGGAAUAAAUGCAAAACCAGUCAGUGUGGAAUUACGUAUGGCAACACAGACCGGUUUAACAAAAAGGAAUAUCAUAAUCAAAUUUAAAGACUAUCCAAGAGAUAUCGGUCGGUUCCAUACGCUUCUAACGAAAUAUAGGAUUAACGAUAAAUUAAAGUCAUCCAAGGACUUUGAGACUUUAAACAAGGGAAAGUCGUUGGAACAACAUCACUAUCAUACUGGUGCCAAUGGUUUGAAGAAACCGGUUGUUUCACCCAGUAGAUUGAAUUAUCCUACAACGGGAUCAUCAUCAUCAUCAUCAUCAUCGUCAACAUCAUCAUCAUCAAGUACAAAUAUAUCAGAUUUCUUUCAGUCGUCUUCAUCAGCUGCAACAUCGUCAUCAUUGAAGAAACCAUCGAAUGCUUCAAGUAGCAGUAAACUAGCAAAGUAUGCCGAUGACUAUGAGGAUGAUAAUUCACCGCCACUUCCACCGGUCUCACCGAUCAAAGAGAAACUACAGGUGCAUGAAGAUGACAUUAUGAUACUGUAUCCACCCUCGGAUUCUCACGAAGAGACCAAACCAGUUGGACAAGUUAAAAUCAUUAGAAACGAUCUAACCAGAUUGAACGAUGGAGAGUUCUUAAACGAUAGUAUAAUUGAAUUUUAUGCCAAAUAUAUAAAUGAUAAUUUCACAGACAAAGCUUAUUCUUUUUUCUUUUUCAAUUCAUUUUUCUAUAAGAAACUCUCAUCGAAGAGCGAUCCAAAGGAUGCCUACAAGGAAGUCAUUAAAUGGACCAAAGAAGAUAUCUUUGAAAAGGAUUUUAUAUUUAUACCAAUCAAUCAAUAUGCACAUUGGAGUUUAAUGAUAGUUUGCUAUCCCGGUCAAUUGGAUGAUUCAAGCGUUACAAAGAGACCAUGUAUGCUCUAUUUAGAUUCACUUAAUAAGAAACCAAGAGAGAUAGAUAAUAGGAUACGUAAAUAUCUAACAGAGGAGUGGAAUGAGAAGCGUUGUGAGGAUGAAGAGAAACAACGUAAUGUUAUUAUGAUCAGACGAUUCGAAACUACUUCCACUCCGCUAGAUUCCAGUAGUUUGGAGAUUGUUUCUGGUAUUCACUUUGACAACAAAGACGAUGACGACGACCACAGAUUUGUUAAAGAACCAAAACCAAUUCCACCCAAAUCAAAACAAAAAGAGAAAGAGGAGAAAGAUGACAGUGAUAAAGAGAAAGAGAAAGAGAAGGAAGAUGAUAAUGGUGAUGAUAAUAUGGAGGAAAAGAAACAAGAUUCAGACGAGGAAAAAGAUGAAGAAGAAGAAGAAGUUAAGGAUAAUAAGAAGACAACAGAGAUUAAAGACAAGAAGAAGUCGAGUGAUAAAGAGGAAGAGGAAGAUUCAAAGGAUUCAAGUAUCAACAACAACAACAAUCAGGAAGGUGACUCUGAAUCCGAAACAUCAUUCAAUAUCAUUACACCAAAGACAAACAAGAUCGUUUCAGUUAACAAGAGGAUGAGAGAAGAAGAGGAUGAAGCAGAAGAGGAAAAAGAGAAAGAGGAAUCAUCUGACGAAGAGAUUGAGACUUCUCAACCUUCACCUCCACUCACUGCCAAGCUAUCAAGAGUAAUGACAAAGAUGGCACCUGCAAAAGCACCAUCCAAACUCCCUGCUUCCAACAAAAUCAACAAAGAAGACAAAGACAAAGAGAUGAAGGAGAGAGAAAGUAGUGAAAGUAGUGAUAAAAGUAGCAGCGAAAGUGAGAGUGAAGAAGAAGAGGAAGAGGAAAAAGAGAAGAAAAAGAAGCAAACAAAGAAGAAGACAACGAAAACAACAACAACAAAAAAGAAGAAACCAGCAACAAAAACAACAAAGAAGAAAUCAGCAGCUGCAACCAAAUCAACAAAGAAACAAACUACUAAAGGCAAGAAGAAAGAAGAGACUGAGAGCGAUGAUAGUGAAAGUGGUAAGAGUGAAAGCGAAAGCGAUACUGCCAAUAAGAGCGUGAGUGAGAGUAACAGUGAAAGUGACAAAGAAGAAGAAGAAGAGAAAUCUUUGAAAAAACAAAAGAAAUCAAUAGCAACCAUUGAUAAACCAACAUCAUCUAAAGUAACGACAGCAUCAUCAACAACAACAACAACUAAAUUAAGUAAUAACAAUAAUAACAAUAGGAAUACGAAAUCGACACCAUCAGCAACAUCGACAUCAACAUCAGCUGUUGCAACAACAACAACAACAACCAAAACCAAUGAGAAAACAACAGGAAAGAGAAAAGUGGAGAAGACCGAGGAGGAUGAUGCAUAUGAUGUAGAUUCCUCUCCACCCACUCCAGCUCUUCAUCAAAUCAUUCACACUGUAAAAAAGAAAAACAAAACUUCACCACCAACAACAUCAGCAUCAACAACAACCAAACUGGUAGGAGGUGUCAAUUUAGAUGAUUUAUCAGAUGUUUCUUUUUCAUAA